UAAUGUCCCUAGUAAUGUCCCCAGUAAUGUCCCCAGUGUCCCCAGUAACAUCCCCAAUGUCCCCAGUAAUGACCCCACUAACGUCCCCAGUAUCAUCCCCGGUGUCCCCAGUGUCCCCAGUAACGUCCCCAAUGUCCCCCCAGUAUCCCCAGUAACGUCCCCAAUGUCCCCCCAGCCAGAUCCGGAUCCGGCUCCGGGGGCUCCGUUCUGGGGGGUCCUGGAGCAGCUUCGGGGACGUCCGGGAGGCCCUCGAGGGUCCCGGGACCCCCCAUCAGCGAGUACGUGGUGCAGCACUGGCAGGAGGACGCGUUUUUCGGGAGAGCAGUUCCUGAGCGGGGUGAACCCCGUCCUGCUGCGCCGCUGCCCCCGCCUGCCCCCCAACUUCCCCGUCACCCCCCCGAUGGUGGCCCCCAGCCUCGGCCCCGGCACCUCCCUGGGCAGGGAGAUGGAGGGCGGGCGCCUCUUCCUGGCCGAUUACGCGCUGCUCGAGGGGCUCCCCACGGGGGCCAUCGGGGGCCACCCCCAGUUCGUGGCCGCGCCCCUCUGCCUGCUCUGGCUCAGCCCCCGCGGCCGCCUCCUGCCCGUGGCCAUCCAGCUGUCACAGCACCCCGGGCCGGGGUCCCCGAUCUUCGUGCCGGGGGGCCAGGGGUGGGCACUGGCCAAGCUGUGGGUGAGGGGCGCCCACUUUGUCCUGCACGAGAUGGUCACUCACCUGCUGCACGGCCACUUCCUGGCCGAGGCCUUCGCCGUGGCCACCCAGCACCUGCCGGCCGCCCACCCCGUGCACCAGCUCCUCCUCCCCCACUUGCGCUUCACCUUCCACAUCAACAUCCUGGCACGGGAGACGCUGCUCAACCCCGGUGGCAUCAUCGACCAGGCCACCUCGGUGGGGCGGGAGGGGACGCUGGCGCUGGUGGCCCGGGGGACGGCGGCGCUGACGUACCGGGAGCUGUGCGUCCCCGAUGACGUGGAGGAGCGCGGGGUCGGGGACAUCCCCGGGUACCACUACAGGGACGACGCCCUGGACAUCUGGGGGGCCAUCGAGAGCUACGUGGAGGGGAUCGUGGCACUUUUCUACGCCGAGGACAAGGACGUGGCCGAGGACGAGGAGCUGCAGGAGUGGGUGGGCGAGAUCUUCACCUACGGCGUCCUGGGCAACGAGAAGACGGGUUUCCCGUCUAAGCUCUGCGGCCGCCCCGAGCUGGUCAAGUUCCUGACCAUGAUCAUCUUCUGCUGCUCCGCCCGGCACGCGGCCGUCAACAGCGGCCAGUACGACUACGCAGCCUGGAUGCCCAACACGCCGGGGACGCUGCAGCGGCCACCGCCGGCCACCGAGGAUGAGGCCACCGAGGAGCUGCUGUUGGAGACACUCCCGUCCCCCGAGGCCACCGGAGCCCUCCUGGCCCUGCUGAGCGUGGUCAGCUACGAGGGAGGGGAGCCGCGCCCACUGGGGUCACGCUCCCAGGACCUGCUGACCGGUCCAGCCCCACGGCGCCUCCUGGACUCAUUCCGGGAGCGCCUGGCCGGGAUCUCCCGGCGCAUCCAGGACCGGAACGCGGCGCUGGCCCUGCCCUACCCCUACCUGGACCCCGCCUGCGUCCAGGAGAGCAUCUCCAUCUGAGUGUCCCCAAGGGCCACCGGGGUGUCACCAACGGCCACUAGAGUGUCAUCAAUGGCCACCAGAGUGUCCCCGCCUGCGUCCAGGAGAGCAUCUCCAUCUGAGUGUCCCCAGCGGUCACUGGGAUGUCACCAACAACAUCCAGGGUGGCCCCAACUCCCCUGGACCAUCCUCAACCCACCCAUGGUGUCCCCAACCCGUCCCAUCCCAAUUUUCUCUCACCCCAAGAUGUCCCCAACACCCCCUUGGAUGUCACCAACUCUCCUGGGUGUCCCCAACCCCUUGAGAUGUCCCCAACCUCUGGAUCACUUCCUGGUGUGUCCCCAACACUCCCUUGAUGUCCCCUCCAAUUCUCCUGGGUGUCCCCAAGAUGUCCUCAACCUCCUUGGACAAUCCCCAGAUGUGUCCCCAGCAUCCCCCUGCUGUCCCCAACCCCCACCCCCGGCUCACCUGGCCAGGCCCAUCUCCCACCCCACCACUCCUGGGCAGGUUCAUGGCAAUAAAACCCCUCAGGGUUCCUCACACA